AUGGAUCAGCCAACAUUGGGAUGCAAAUUUCCGAAUAUUAUUAACUCCGAAUCGGAGAUCCCUUCAGCUAGCGGUAGGCCUGCGUUGUUGCGUCGGGUCUCCCAAAGUGAUCCCCACUUGGAUAUUCCACAUUUUUUGAGCGUUCAAGACAAAGGUGUGUUCAGAGCUUUUGCUGGCUUUAUGCAGUUUUUAUAGCAUAUGUUAUGAGAGCGUUUAUAUCUUUCUUACAGAAUGUUAGACUUUAAUAUAGGUAUGAGUGUUUAGACAUAUUGGUUAGGUGUGGGAAGGUUGAAACCUUUAGAACAGGAGUGUAAAGACCUCUAAUUUUCUAAUAGAAUGUUAGGCAAACUAUGUUAUAGGAGUGUUUCAUUUUGUAAUAAAUGUUUACCUCUCCUUUUUAUCGUUCUAUAUUAUCAACGUUUUCAGCGCUUGGAUUUCACCCGACUCUCACCGGUUUGUUGGAGAACUCGGUCAACUUUAAGAUUGGACAAAGCUCCGAGAAACUAGAACUCAUGGAUUCCGUGCCCAGCCUUCCACAGUAAGUCAGCCCGCCUUUUUAUCGCUGAGUUUGUCUGAUUCCGCUGAAUUGUUCGAGUUUUUGUCUGAUAAUUUAAGUACCUCCCCUAAGGGUUGAAAUUUCUCUUAUUCCUCCCCUUAUGAGCAAUUACUUAAGUUUCAAGUAGUAACAUUCCAAUGCCGCAUGCUGCGUGCAUUGAGUGCAGCAUAUGACGUGUCUCGUUUCCGGAAACAUACCACCACGUGAGGUGAAAGUUUAAAAAGACACGUACCCACCCGGCUUGUGUUUCUUUUCUCUCGCGUUCGAAAGCUCAAUCUCGGAUUUGACAAGACUGUCAUGGAGAUUAUCUUUAAUAUUUAAUCCAGUUAAAGUGGCUCUACAUUUAAAGCACUGUUAGACUUUACUUCUUCACUUUUAUUCUGUAUUGUUCUCGAAACUUGUCUGAUUUUACAGUUUUGCAUGAUCAUUUGGAUUCGGCGACCUCUGGUCUUAGCAGUUGCUCGCGUUUUCUCUGUGUUUUGUGGGAGGAGAAAUAAAUUAACGUGCUGUUAUUAAAGGCCUGCUUUUUCAGAGACUUGAAGGUACCAAAGACUGGUCUGGACCGAAACAAAAGCGCCUUCGAACUAUGUUCCAGUAGCCAAGCCGACGAACCGCCGUUGAGGAAGUCCUCUAGCGUCGCCAACUACCAAUUGGAUCCCUGUAUCAGAAAGGAGCACGGAGGAGGUCUUCUGUCGUCCUUCUCCUCGGCACUGCACUUGUCUUCGAGCCAGUCGCCUCAACAGUCGCUGGCCAAGCCCGCUGAAGACCAACAAGGAGGUCUCACCAUGUCGGUCAAGUCUUCUCCCUUCUCCGGAGAUGCUGCGGCCGCUUCUACCACUUCAGAACCCAAUACGACGGACCCGUCACUGAAUCGGAACAAGUCGGGCCUGAUGGGGGUGUUCAACCGGGGAUUCUUCGCAAAGCCGGUUAUGUGUAAUCAAGAAGAGAAUUAUCGUUAUAUUAUGGCGCUGGAUCGUUAA